UGUUUUAAUCAUGAUCUCUAUUAUCAAGUUUAUUACAAUAUGGUAACUCGCUUUUUAAUUUAUCAAUUAUAUUUAAAAUCGUUAUUCUAUAAUAUCCCCUUUAUAAAGUAAUUAAUUAAAGGUGUUUUCUUCAAAAGUUAGGAUUCAAAAUUUCAAUAAUACGGAUUGAAAUUUAAAUUAUCACGUACAUAAUAAAUAUUGUAGGUAUUGAUUUCGAGUAUGGCAAACGACAUUGACGCAUACUGGGAGUACCACAAGAUAGUUGGUGAUGAAGUGGGUGACACGCUGCUCACACCCCAACAAUUUGAGGAAUACAAGAAGAAAGUAGUUCCAGAACGAAUGAAGAACAGACUAUACGUGAGCUGGAGAGUAGAGGGAGGUAUAGAUUGUGAGCUGGUAGGACCGGAGAGUAUGUGUCACUGUCAGCACCGGUACCGGCAGCACCACACAGAUAACCCCCAGAGGAACACUAAGUGUAAGAACUGCAGAUGUAAGAAGUAUGAGUUCGUACCCCGAAUGGGCUCCCAGCCAGCCCGGUGCAAAUGUAAGCACUAUUCCACUGAUCAUGAUCUGAAGAAAGAGUGUAAUAAGUGCACGUGCACCUCCAUGCGUAUCACCUUGUCAUGUCCCUGUGGGAGUCCUGCGUAUCUUCACUAUACUUGUCUUGAAACUAAAGAGGAGCGACUUGCUGCGGGAAAGCCAGUGGGGCAGGAUGUACCGUAUGCUGCUAUGGGAGGGUUAACAGGGUUCAGUUCACUGGCACCUGGUUACAUGAGAUUUGAUCCAAGUGGGGCCAGAGGGGACUCUGUGGACUUACAGCCUGACACAGUUGCUAGGUCGUCCCAUCAGAGGUACUGAACCUGAACAAUCUAAUUCCAGUUUACGAGUCACUCAAAGUUUAGGCUCUGGAGAACGGUCAAAAUCAGGGCUGUUAUUUAUACUCAAGCCUUAGUAAAUUAUAUUUGUACCUUAUAAUGGCAGGCCGUUAUAAUAUUAUAAUAAUAUUCUAUAAUCAGUGUGUAAUAGUUGUAAAUAUGUAAAUAUUUGAACAGAGUAUAAAUGUAUGUUUAUAAAUAUUUGAUUUCCCUUUUAUAACAUCAUAUUAUUAUGAAUAAUGUACAUAACAUAAUGCAUACUUCAGAAUAACAAAAUAUGUAUACAAAAUUCCCGUGUUCCAGUGUUUUAAAAAUGCUUGUCAUGUUUUAUAGUACAAUUAGAUUUGAAACAUCACACAGUGAUUUAUAUAGUAUGUUUAUCAAACAGACGAAUCCGCAAAAUAGUUAUCGAUUGAUUAUCUUUAUAGACUGUUCAAAUUUCCAGCUAACCCACUUAUUUGAUGCGAUUAAAUGAUUAAAUAAU